AUGGCGGCGAUUGGGAUUGCAGCAUACGGGUUUUAUUGCCUUAACAAACAUUUGCGCGGUGAUGCCAAUGUGUUUGAGCAACUUGCCAUUGUUACUUCGGCAUUUACUUGGCUGACAUUAGUCCCACCUGCUCACUUCAAUGGAUUUCUCGAAGGAUGGCCAUUCGUGUUCUUUUUCGUAUACCAUUACUUCUUUUUCUUCAAUGUGAGUGUUCGGAAACGUCUAUAUGGUGAUUUCUUCCCAAGAGAGCACGAUCCCAAGUGGGAUAUUAACCUUCCUAAUUUUCAGAAGCUGUUAUUCUGUGCUGGGGUUGCAGUUGGGCAUUGGAUUGCAGCAUUUGAAGGACCGGAAUUGCAUCUCAUUCCCGGUGGCUGGAGCAAUACCGGUGUCUGGGCUUUGAUAAUCAUGACACUAUUCAUGCAUCGGAUGGGUCUUGCUGAGCUUGAAGCAUGCGUUGGUGUGUAA